AUGGCGCCUGGUCCCCUGAACUGGCUCCGGUUUUUCUGGACAACUUCGUCGUGGGCUCUUCGUACGGCUUGUGCUGUUCAUGUGAUCAAGGCAGAUAUCUACGACUGCAACGAAACAAGAGGUGAGCUGAUGCUCACCACCCUUCAGGCGUACGGGGACUAUGUUCAUGAGUUGAAAAAAUACAAGUUAGGAAGAGGCGUGGAGAUGGGCGAUUUGGUGGUAAUGUCAAAACCAACAGACCCAGAUUCUCGUGUUUGCAAGAGAAUCACGGGGAUGCCCGGAGAUAUGAUUCUUGUGGAUCCUUCAAGCUCGUCUGAGUUGACGUAUUCACCACGGGAUAGAGAAACAAACGAAGGCUUCAACAGAUUUGUAGAGGUGCCCAAGGGUCAUGUGUGGGUGACAGGUGAUAAUUUGUGCUUGUCAAUGGACUCCAGAAGCUUCCAGGCGGUGCCCAUGGGUCUCAUCAAGGGGAAGAUCGUUGCUGCAAAUUCUCCAAUGAAAGGAUUUUUCAAUGAAGAUGGGAAGUUCUCAUUCUUGAACUUCAAGUGGUUAGAAAAUAACUUUACAGAUGACAGUUGA